AUUUGACCUGACAACAUGUGGAGACAGGUGGCUGAAUGCCUUGUUGCUCGAUGCUGCGGUUCUGGAGGGGGGGGAUGUGUGGAGAUGGUGUAUACAGUAUGUGGGUGUCACAGGCUAAUAUUGCAGUUGAAACACGAUGCUCUGCCCUUGCAUCCGGCGUCUCAUGCAUCCCAACAUGUGAAUCGUUGCCGCCUCCUAGAAGAAAAGAACAGAGCCCUUAAACUAGAGCUGGCCGCCCUUAGACAGCAGAAGCAGCAGCAGGGAUCUUGGGAGUCUGAGGUCAACGAGCGGAGGAAAAGGUGUCUUCUUGAGAGAGAAGUUAAAAACAAGACAAUAGCAUGUAAGACCUUGAAGAACGAGCUUCAGGAUGCUUUGCUGGAGAGAAAACGUCUCAAUCGUGUGCUGCUCGGUCACAUCCUGAAGGCCUCGAAACACGAGAAGGUAAAGUUCGACUAUGAUCAGCUCAGAAAGACUUUUGGUUGUGUGAGUCAAGAGAGAGACUUAGCCAGGCAGGAGAAGGCUCAGCUGCAAGACAAACUGGAGAAUCUUGAGCAGGUCCUUAAGCAUAUGCGACAGGCUGCGGACCGGCGGCAGCAACUAGAAGCAGAGCAUGAGAAGGCCCUGGCUUUCCUCAACUCCAGACAGCAGGAGAUCCACCUUCUACAGAAGGUUCAGGUUGAAGGUGAGAAAGAGCGAGAUGAAGUGGUGCAUUUACUAGAGGUCAAGGUUCAUGACUUAGAACAGAAAUGUCGGACACAGAGUGAACAGUGUAAUAUUUUGUUAAAAGAGCUGGAGAAAUAUCAUCUGGCCUCAGACAGGGAGGAGAAACUCAACACUGACUCGCCAGAGCAAAACGUCAGCCGCGUUUAUGAAAGCCUGCAGAGACAGGCUGAUAAAAGUGAUGAGAGAUCCGACGGAUCCCCAUCGGUGUCAGAACUGCCCGUAGUACAGCAAAACGACAGAGACAAGCCAGAGAAGCUGUCCGUCACACCCACCAAGUUUAUGAGUCACGGAGUCCACACCCAGAAUUGCGCCAGCAGCACCAUGCAAGCCCCCUCUUCAGAGAUGGAUAAUGAAGUGAGGCCAGCUCGGAAGGCCAAGUCCAAGUCAAGAUACACAGGACAGGUCCGUCUCUGCACUGCUCGUUACAGUUAUAAUCCCUAUGAUGGACCUAAUGAGCAUCCAGAAGCAGAGCUCCCUCUUGUGGCAGGGAAGUAUUUAUACGUCUAUGGGAGCAUGGACGAUGAUGGAUUUUAUGAAGGUGAGCUGUUGGAUGGCCAGCGUGGUCUGGUUCCCUCUAAUUUUGUGGAGUUUGUUCAGGACAAGGAAAAGUUAGCCAUAGAAGGAGCGGAACAGGGUCGGCUGGAGCAGAGCUGUAUGAGUCUAACUACCAUCGAUGGAGGAGCCUUAGACAGCCUGGACAGUGACCUGCUUGGCCAUUGCAGUAAUGGGACAGGCGCUUUGGAUGGUGAGGAGUUGGCAGACGACAUUGUGCCUUACCCCAGGAAAAUCAACCUGAUCAAACAGCUGGCAAGAAGUGUGAUAGUGGCCUGGGAAUCGCCUAUAGUACCCCUCGGCUGGGGGAAUAUCAACGGAUACAAUAUCGUAGUGGAUGGAGAAGUUCGUUCCACUGUGCCCUUUGGGGGAAGGACCAAACUGCUUCUGGAGAAGCUAGACCUGGUGGCCUGCACCUAUCGGGUGUCGGUGCAGAGCGUGACGGACAGAGGGCUUUCCGAUGAGUUGCGCUGCACUCUGCUGGUGGGUCGCAAUGUGGUGGUGGCCCCCACCGGCUUGAGAAUGGACGAGAUCAUGCAGGACUCUGCUGAACUCGCAUGGCUGCCCAGUAACAGUAAUUAUGCCCAUGUUGUGUACUUAGAUGGUGUGGAAAAUGCUGUGGUAAAGCCUUGCUCUUACAAACUGCGUUUCGUGAACCUGAAGGCCGCCACAGUAUACAAAGUAAAGGUGUUAGCCAAACCCCACCAAGUACCCUGGCACAUGCCACUGGAGCAAAGAGAAAAACGAGAGGCCGGGGUGGAGUUUUGUACACAAGCUGCAGUCAUCUCCUCCCUCCCAGGGCCCCCUAUGCCUCCUCAGGAAGUGCAAAUCCAUUGUGGUCACGCCCCGGGAAUCGUCCAGGUCCACUGGAAACCCCCUUCUCUGACGUCUCUGGGAACCUCCAAUGGUGCGAACGUCAUCGGCUACGCAGUGUGCACCAAGGGUCAGAGGAUUGCUGAGGUGUUGUAUCCGCUGGCAGACUAUGUGUCAGUCGAGCUGAAUCGGCUCCAGUGUUUGGAGGCCCGCGAGGUUGUAGUCAAGACUUUAUCAGCACAAGGAGAAUCUCACGAUUCCCAAGUCGCCGUCAUUCCAAACCACCUGCUGGUGCCUCUUGCUAAAACGCUCCCUCUUCCUCACCACAUCCAGACUACUGUCCCACCCCAGCACUCCCGAACCUUACCUCCUCAUCCCACACACCUAUCCCGAAUCCAGCCCUUCCCCCUUCUCCCUGGAGCCCAACACCCCAUUCAUCUCCAGCCACUUCCUGUUCAUCCAAACCAGCCCCCAUCUCACCUGCAUCCCCACAGGAUGCCUUAUCCUACACAGCCCUCUCCAACACAUCUCCAACUGUUACCACCAAACUCCAUGCCUCAACCUCAACUCGCCUUACCGAUGCCCCAACAGCAACCCGCCCUCCCCAUGCCCCAACAGCAACCCGCCCUCCCCAUGCCCCAACAGCAACCCGCCCUCCCCAUGCCCCAACAGCAACCCGCCCUCCCCAUGCCUCAACAACAACCCGCCCUCCCUAUGCCCCAGCCCCAACGUUCCCUCCCCAUGCCCCAGCCUCAACAGGCCCCCCAAAUGCUCCAACCCCAGCCAACCAUCCCCAUGCCCCAACCUCACAUUCCACAGCUCUCCCUUCCCCAAUCCCAAAGACCGCUAAGUGCCAGAGAGCUGGAAACCAAAGAGCCAAGGCCAGGAAUGCUUCAUUAUGGAGGGGGCCCACCUCAGCCAUGGGAGCCUGGCUGCUCCCCAUCAGGCAUGCCCCCGGGUCUGCCACAUGGACACACCCUGAAUGCCCCGCUCUGCCCGAACCGGCGGUCUCCAUCACCUCAAAGGAUCUUACCACAGCCCAGGGGUACGCUCAUUCCUGAUACCGUGGCCAAGGCUAUUGCCAGAGAGGCAGCCCAUAGAGUGGCUGCAGAGAGUGGACGGAUGGAGAGGAGAAGCCAGGGAUUUUACUCUCAAAAUUCAGAUGAGGAAGAGGAUGAGGAAAGCUAUCAGGCCCACAGAAGAGGAGCAUCUAUGGAUGACUUCCUCAGGGGCUCAGAGCUGGGCAGGCAGUAUCAUUACAGUCAGAGUGAAGAGUACCAGACCGAGAGCAGUCGGGGAUCGGAUCUUUCGGACAUCAUGGAAGAAGACGAGGAGGAGUUGUAUUCUGAGAUGCAGGAGGAAGGAAGGCGAAGAAACUCCCACAAUGUACUUAAGACCAGAGGAAGCAAUCCAUGUUCCAGUCAGCUGGAUCGGGAAUCAAAUCGGAAAGUGGCUCACAAAGGCACUCAGCCUCAGCGUCGACCCCUCACCGUCCCAUCCAUUGAUGGUUUUAGGGACCGAAGCCGGCGCUCUCCUCCAUACUACGAUGAGUCUGAGCAGGAGGAUUCCUUUCGAAUCUUUGUAGCGCUGUUUGACUAUGACCCUCUGUCCAUGUCCCCUAACCCUGAUGCGGCGGAUGAGGAACUGCCUUUUAAAGAGGGACAGAUCAUCAAGAUAUACGGGGAUAAGGAUAAUGAUGGCUUUUAUCGUGGGGAGAUCCGGGGCAGGACUGGACUCAUUCCCUGUAACAUGGUGUCAGAGAUCCGUGCGGAGGAUGAUGAGACCUUGGAUCAGCUCAUGAAACAAGGAUUUCUCCCUCUUAACACACCCGUGGACAGAAUAGAACAUAGUAGGAAAGGUCGCCAUCCAGUGGCCAAUAGAAGAAUGGUAGCCCUCUAUGACUAUGACCCCAGAGAGAGCUCCCCGAACGUGGACGUUGAGGCCGAAUUGACCUUCUGUGCUGGCGACAUCGUUGCCGUUUUUGGAGAUAUAGAUGAAGACGGCUUCUAUUACGGCGAGCUCAACGGACAUCGAGGCCUGGUUCCAUCCAAUUUUCUAGAAGAAGUGCCUGAUGAUGUGGAGGUCUAUCUGACAGACACUACAUCCCAUCACGGUCAGGACGAGCCAAAUCCGGCCAAGGCACCGCGGCCAGAGGCCAAACGGGUGCCUGUGGAGAGUACAGUCCCAGCUCCGGCUCCUGGAAGACCAGCCUCUCCCACUGUGCGUCCUUUUCUUCCUGUUGGUCCAGUCAGACCACUGAGCCCUGCUAGGGGUCCCCGAGACCUGGCAUCUAAAAAGAAAAAAGGACUGCUUUCUAAAGGAAAGAAACUGCUCAAAAAGUUAUCAAAGUAAAAUAUUCGUAGGACUACAAAAGCAUAAAAUCUCUCUCAAAAGAAAAACUGCCAACCUCCAAUGUGUCAGUAGUCUACACUUAUUUAUUUCUCAGCAAAAAUACAUCCAAACUGGUUUCACAUUAACAUGCCACAUACACAUAAUGAAAUGGUAUUUUCAGACAAAAUCAACUGUCAGACGUCUAUCCAUACAUACUGUGAUAUAGUUAAGGGCCAAGACAUUAAUAUUUAAUGAAUUAUUUUCGUUAUAAUUCCAUAUAAUCCAUACUUCAAAUCAAAGUGCUGGAUCUUAAAUGAACAGAUUUUAAUGUUUGUUAUGGUGUAGCAACAGCAGCUUGGUGAUACUUUUUUUUUACAAAGGGCACUUAUAAAUAUGGCCUGACGUUACCAGUGAGUGAAAUAGCAGUAACCCAUUGCUAUAAAUCUCCAGACCAUAAUAACAAGUGCAUUAGUCCAAUACACAAAAGGACCACACUCUUAUUUAUUUUAUUUCAUUCUAUUAUAUUAUCAUUGGGAAGAUUUAAGAAAGAUAGGCAAGAUGCAAAAAGUUUAAUCUCACAGGUGCAGUCUACAGUAUGAGCAAAUCCUUUUAAACACUGCUGUGGCCUUCAUGUCGACUCAACAAGUAGCCUAUGACAUGACGUGUUAGCCACAGAAGAUCUGAUGAAUCCUCACAUCAGUCUUUGCCAAGUAUUCCUACUCUCGCUUGCUCCAAGAUCGACCUUGUCUGUGUUUAUCAUGAAAACGACUCGGAGGUCGUAAAAAUACAAUGGAAAGUUUCUGUGUUUGCCUUUCAACUGCACAAUCGUGUGUUUCUUGGUGAAUGAUGUGCGCGUGUGUAUGUGCGUCCCCUUGCAUCCAUGUUCGUGCAACCCUUGAACUGAAAAGGGACAAAUGUUGUAACGUGUGUGAAUAUGUAAUGUGCUGCUAAAUGCAAGGUGUUUCUGUUCAUUUCUAAAGUUAGUAAGGGUGGUGAUGUUGAGGCAAAGAUGGUGUCUUGGUGUCUCCACAAAACUGGUUUACACGUGCUUUGUUCGCCCUGGUCAUGAGAACAUCAUCCUAAAGGCCUAUAUGACAUAUCUUUGCUGCUGUUAUCAUUGGCUGGUUUUCCUGAGGAGGUUGCUUGCUUUGGUAGACACAAACUCCCUGUAACGGUCCGCCAUAGGACCUUGCUAUAUUUUUUAAGCUAUAAGAUACAGGUUGAAUAAUACCCUCAGGACAAACUAUACCUAUGAUGGCUCAGAUGUCUCAAGCUAUAAUCUAGUAGUUUACAUAAGGGCAAACUCUCUUGCAUUAACACAAAACAUCUUGUCCUGCAACUGUAAAUGUGAGGUUGAACCAACAUCUGGUAGUAUCUCACAAUAAUGUGGCCAGUUGGGUUUAGAUUGCACUCUUGAAUGGUUUAAUCCAGGGUAAAUGCUGUGCGUGAUGUUUUAAAAAAAACUUUUAUUAAAAAAAGUAUUAUAUUUAAGCAUUUUGUUUCAAAAAGAAAUAUGUGACAUUUAUUUAAGGUGGAUGAAUUUUCUCGUUGAAGAAAGUCGUGAAAGGUUUUAACUAAAAACAUGAUUGGAUAGACGAAAAGGAAUGUAUAGAAAUGUUUAGCUGUCUGUAAAGCUUGCAUCAUUUUGCCAAAAGAUCUAAAAUAAAUAAAAGAGAUCAAAUAUAUUUUCAUUUAACAGAAAUAUCUCUAUGAUGAUCACAAAUGGUGUUCGAUUGUGACUGGGUGUUUAGUUAGGCCUAUGUUCAUUCUCUGUUCGUCUUUUGUACGUUAAUCCACUUUCAGAUCAUUUAUAAAUGUUUAUACUUAAUUUACGGAUUUCAGACUUUUUUAGUGCUUUCACAUUUAAUAUUCAACCGGUGUAAGCGUCAUUCAUGGUGUCGUUAAAAAAACGCUCAAGUCUGCAUUUCUGUGCUAGCUCUGUGAAUUAAAGAGAAAAAAAUCGCUGGUCUGUAUUUACUGAAAUGGAUUAUUGUGUGGAUGUGCAUGUGUAGAACUAUGUAAAAUAAACAUUUUCUAUGAC